AAUAUUGUUUUUAUUUUCUUCACCGUCUUACCCCCCAGCUACAUGGAAUCAGAAAACAAAACAAAAUUUUCCCAGUUCUUCCUGCUUGGCCUCUCACAAAAUCCUGAACUUCAGUCGCUCUUCUUUGGACUCUUUCUGGCUAUGUACCUGGUCACUGUACUUGGGAAUCUGCUCAUCAUCCUGGCCAUUAGCUCUGAUCCUCACCUUCACACCCCCAUGUACUUCUUCCUUUCCAACCUGUCCUUUGUUGACAUUUGUUUCAUCACCACCACAGUCCCAAAGAUGCUGGCGAACAUCCGGACACGGAGCAAAGACAUCUCUUACAUGGGAUGCCUCACUCAGGUGUAUUUCUUCAUGAUUUUUGCUGGCCUGGACAAUUUUCUCCUGACUGUGAUGGCCUAUGACCGGUUUGUAGCUAUCUGUCACCCCUUGCACUACGCAGUUAUCAUGAAUCCCCGGCUUUGUGGCUUCUCCGUUCUGCUAUCUUGGGUCAUCAUAUUUUGGGUCUCCUUGCUUCAUAUUCUACUGAUGAACCGGCUGACUUUCUGUAUAGGCACUGAAAUUCCACAUUUCUUUUGUGAUCUGGCUCUAAUGAUCAAACUGGCCUGUUCCGAUACCCUCAUCAAUAACAUCUUUUUGUAUAUAGCAACUGCCCUGCUAAGUAUGUUUCCCUUCACUGGGAUUCUCUUUUCUUACUCUAAGAUUGUCUCUUCUUUAAUGAAAAUAGCUUCUGCUAGGGGCAAGUAUAAGGCAUUUUCCACCUGUGGAUCUCAUGUUUCUGUGGUCUCCUUAUACUAUGGGACAAGCCUUGGGGUCUACCUCAGUUCUGCUGUGACUCAUUCCUCCCAGGAAAGCGCUAUUGCAUCAGUCAUGUUCACUGUGGUCACACCCAUGCUGAACCCUUUCAUCUAUAGUCUCAGGAACAAGGAUGUGAAAAGAGCCCUGGCACGGUUCCUUAGUAGAGCAUUUGCUUGUCCAUAA